GUUCCUUUGUUUCAGCUGUCCAGCAAAGGUAGAAAGAUUAGAGUCAGAAGAUAAAAGUAAUGAAGCAGCAGAAUACUUUUUGAAUGUUCUUCUGAAGUAUAGUGAAAAAAAAAAGGAACACGAAUCAAAGGCAAUGUGGUCACUGUUUGACAAGGCAUUAAAAUCUGAAUAUAAAUGGCUUCAUUGUGCUAUACUUGAAACCGGUGAUGUUGACCGUCAGUCCCAGCAACAAGACUUGAUUCAGUUCUUCAUGGCAGAUAUUGUCGGGAGACAGGUUGACCCUAUGCAUCUCAUGAUUUCUCUCUUGUCAAAAAAAUUGCUAUCUAGAGAUGAAUGUCAAAAGCUGACAAGGAUUCAUCAAAAUUGUGGGAAUCUGAUGAGUUGUAUUUAUAUGAUCAACAAUGUUCAUCGCCACAGUGGAAAAUGGUAUGGAAAACUUCUUGAAAUCAUGUACGAGAAUGGCUAUGAAGAACUCGUGCAGAAAAUUGAUGAAAUAGAAUAUGGAAAGAUUCGUGCCUCUCAGAGGGUGGGAGAACAUCCAUGUGUUUCAAGUUCAGAAGAGGCUUAUAUGUCAGAACACUUUGAAGCACACACACCAGGGCUACACAAUUUGUGUGGGUCAAGUUCUGGACAGGAGAGUGACCCUCAAACUAUUAAUUCAAAUGCUGAAAAUCUUAACAAUUACAGAGAGGAGGAUCAAUCAGAGUCAGCACAAAGGAAGCCUAAAUAUUCAGGAUGAAGAAUUCAGUGAAUUUACAGAACUGAAGAAAGUAGAAACAGCAGAAAGUGAUGCAACAUCUGGCAGUUGGGCUGUUGGAGCAGUAAAUGUGCCAAGUAAAAAUGGGGCUAACGGAAAUCAUCAGGACUUAACAAAACAUUUUUCUGAGAAAUGUGGUCUUUUUGAUGUUGACAUAGACAACAGCAAUGCUGAGGUUGAUCCUCCUGAGGAUGAUCUGGCUGAUACUGACAAUGAAGAAGAUCAAGUUGCUGAGCCAAUAAAGCUACGGGAGUACCAAACGGAGUUGGCAGAACUGGGUCUAACAGGAAAAAAUGUUGUGAUUUGUGCACCCACAGGCAGUGGAAAAACACUAGUGGCGCUGAAGAUUAUGAGGGCUCAUCUGGAGCAGCAAACACUUGGAGUACGAAAGAUAGUGUUCCUGGUUAACCAGGUGGCUUUGGCUGACCAGCAAUAUAAAUCAUGUAAAAAAUACCUCAGCCCCUAUCGUUGCCACCUCCUUAGCAGUGACAACUUAGAUGCAACCAAAGUGCCCAUCAACGAGCUUCUGCUGAGAAAAGAUGUCCUUGUGAUGACGGCCCAGAUUCUUCUGAAUGCAUUGGAAAAAAAAGAAAUUAACAGCAUCUGUGAGUUCUCCAUGGUGGUUUUUGAUGAAUGCCACCACACUCAUGGUCGUCACCCAUUCAAUUGCAUAAUGCAUCACUACUUAGAUGCCAAACAGUCUAUUCAGAGUCAGGCAGCUGAUGAUGACAGGGCCAUUCAAAAACUUCCACAGGUCAUAGGAAUGACAGCAUCUGUCGGUGUUGGAAAGGCAAGCAAUGUGUCUCAGGCAGUGGAACACAUACGCAAAAUUGUGGCUCAUCUUAAUGCAGACUAUAUCUCCACUGUGAGAUGUAACACAGUCCAGCUGAGUGAAUACUCCAACUCUCCAGAGUACAAAUUGUUUACCUGCCAGGGGAGAGUUGAAGAUAAUUUUAAGACCAAAAUAGAAGAAAUUAUGAAAGUCAUUGAAGAAAAUGCAGAGAACUCUGAGUACACCAGACGUGUGGAGGCAGCCUCUGGCAUCAGAGCACUUCUGCACAGACCUUGUGAGCGAGGAACAGAACAGUAUGCUAUCUGGAUCACUCAGCUUCGUCGCCCUGUGGCUAUGCUUAAUGAUGCAGACUCUCGACGAUUUCUAGAGACAUCCCGAUGUGUGCUAGAGUUCUACAAUACAUCCCUUUUGAUGAAUGAUGACUGUGACACCCAAGAUGCAAUGGAAUACCUGACUGCACAGUUUAGAAGACUGAGUGAAAGCACUGGGAACUCUGUUGCUGAUGUGGACCUUUUCCUCCAAGAGCUUUUUGAGAAGAAUAAACCAUAUUUGGAGGCUGUAUGUCAGAAACAAGCCAAUACCAACCCCAAACUGAUUUUACUGGAAGGUAAGAUCAGGAAGGUGUUCAGUGAGAAACCAGAAUCUCGAGCCAUUGUAUUUGUAAAGACUAGAGACAUGGCAGUGUGUUUAGAACGAUGGAUGAAGAGGCGACCAAAUCUUAAAGUUCUGAAGCCUGGAAAAAUCGUCGGAGCAGGUGCUUCCAGCGAGCGAGGAGGCAUGACCAAGAACCAGCAAGUAGAUGCUAUGCAGUAUUUCCGUGAUGGCGAUCACAAGAUCAUGGUGGCCACUUCAGUAGCUGAAGAGGGAUUGGAUAUUAGGCAGUGCAAUCUGGUUAUUCGCUACAACUAUGUCACCAAUGAAAUUGCAAUGGUUCAGGCCAGAGGCAGAGCAAGAGCAGAGAACAGUCAAUUUGUCACUGUGGCCAGUUGUAACCAAGGUGUUGCAGAAAAAGACGAGAUAAAUAUAAUACGAGAGAUGAUGAUGCACGAAGCUAUCAGACAGCUUCAAGAAGAAAUGACAACACGACUUGCAGACUAUCAUCAGACAAUAAUUAAAAUCCAGGCUGAAGAAAAAGAGAAGCGUGACAUAGAGUUGGCAAUGAUGAAUGGCAGAACUCUCAAAGAAGGAGAAGUGGUGCUUCGUUGCCGCAAAUGUGAUGCAUUUGCCUGCAUGUCCUCAGACAUCCGCACUGUGGAAAAGGCUCACCAUGUUAUUAUUGACCCUGAAUUUAGUGACCGAAGAACAGAGAAGUAUCAACCCAAGCAUAUUAAGAUCAGUGGAGAUAUGUGCCAACAAGGAAAACUGCACUGCAAGGAGUGUGGACUUGACUGGGGCAUUGUAGCUCAGCACAGUGGUACGACAUUUCCAGUUAUCAAGAUUGACAGCUUUACUGUUGUUGAUGAAGUAGGCAGAAGAGAUGCCCCCAAGAAAUGGAGGAAUACCAAUUUUCCUGUGGAAGAACUUUCUCUAGAAGAACUUUUGCAGUACAGGAGACGGGCUUUGGCAUCAGGCCGUGAUGCUGAGUAGAUUCUUUUCAACCCUUCACACACUCAUCUUCUUUAUCAUGGAGAGUCAGGAGGAAUGUGCCAUGAUCAAACUUAUAACCAUUUAAGCUGUUCCUUGACUUUGUUACUAGUUUUUUGUCAUUUGAAUAAGAAGAGUAGUUAUUUUGGGUAGCUAGUUCCACAAGGCAGUUGUAUUAUGGGAAAAGUGGUUUUGUAUUCCAUUGAAUAUUAUGCUGAUCAGUGUUUUCUUCUGACAAAAGAUGGUGAAGGUUGAAAGAGGUGUUAAUGUAACUGCUCAAAAUUUAAUAGAAUUACACCUCAAUUAAUCCCAAGUUUGAGAUGUUAUGCUAUAGCAACUUACUGAAGACAGAACAAAAAACAAUCAAGUUAACUUGCUCGUAAAUUUAAAUUAUUUCUUAAGUUUCGAGGAAGAACACACUAUUAACAAUUUAAAGACACUAUUUAAUAUUUGAUCAGAUUGGUACAUUAUAAAUGUUUCUGAUUCCAUUUGAGCUUAUAAUACUUGUAUUAUUGGCCAAGAAGUCCCCUGUAGGAUGUGUCCAUCACCCUGUAUAAUUAUGGUCGCUUUGGAUAAUGUUUGCUAAUUACAGAUGAUCACGAUGAUCUUCAAGCACAUGCACAAAGCAACUAAAACUGUUCCUGGCUUUGGUAAGUUACUGAAGCAACAGCUGGAUGAGAAAGACAGCAAGCUCUUUGUAUAGGAUUUGUUGAGCAGCUGGAGAAAUCUUUGGGAGACAGAAAGACUUUAGGUUCCUGAGAAGAAAAAUACUUUUUUGAGUCUUCUUCAUGAUAUAUUCAGGUUUGGUAUCCCAGCAAAAUUUUGUCAGAGAUGAUGUCUAUGUAUUAAAAGUGUCAACAAUGUCUGUGUCCUCAUGGUGGACAACAGUUUUGGCACUUAAAUAGAGAAUUCUGAUGAAAGUUGAUCUCUAUGGGUUUACUGACAUUUCAUUUUAUCAAACAAGAAUUAAUGCAAGGCUUUGCCAUGAACUCACCCACAGAGAUGAAAAAGCAGUGGAGCAUUUAUUUUUUAAAGAAUUUUUAAGAAUAUACUUCUUCCACUGUAACAAACAUCUGUUGCUUCUUUUUAAUUUGUAUUCAUGCUUCAUGCGUUGAGGGUAUUUUUAAAAAAAAUCUGUUUCUGCUAACUUUUUGUGUUUAUAUUUUCCUUGUGCAAUUAUACUGUACUGGUAGUUCUAAUCUGCAUAAAAUUGGGAAAUAUUUCAUCUCUUAAAUACAUUUUUUGCUGAAAGUAUUGGCACAUUAGAUAAUAGUUUUAGUUUUGUUACUAAGCAGACCACUCUCAUAGAAGUUAUAUGGACUAAUCACAUUAUCUGGCCAUGAAUUGAUUUUCCACAAAAACUACAUUUAAAAGAAAGGUAUUGAAAAUGUGAAGAUCAAAAAUAAAUCCUUCCCACAUUUGUUACCUGAUUUGUCCCUUUUACCAUGCCCUUGUUUCAAACUUACUGCUUAUACAAUGAUAACAUCAAGAAAAACCCACCGUGCUGCUGUGUUUGGUUUUAUUUUGUUAUAGUUGAAAAAAUCAUGAUGAUUUUAUUAAUUCAUGAGGAUGUGGCUAAUGCAGAUUUUUUAAAAUGACAAAUCAUCUGUUAUGUGAAACAGAACACAACCUGUACUCUCUCUGCUCUCACGAUUAACUGCAGACAGCCUAAUAUUCCUGUCACAAUGUAUGAAUAAAAAGAAAGAGCCAGAGUGAAAACAUGAUGGGUAGUUGAUUUUCAUGCUGUGGUGUGUGGAAUUUUCUAUAGUUUGAAAUGUGCUGAUACAUCACAGUUUUAUCAGAGUAUUUUGUCCUCGAUACCUGAAUUAAUAUGAAUGACCAACUUUUGGUAUCAUCUAGGAUCUCCCAUAGCAUUGUAAACCGAUGACUUAAACCAGAACAAAAAAUCGCUACGCAAGUUUAAGCUUCUAUUACCAGGUCACAUGUCAGCAGACCUGCCUACAAAAGUUUAAGUACUCCUUGGGUUGCUCAUGAACUCAGUCGUGACUUUAGGUUGUGCACCUUAACUGUUAGUGGUUGUCCCCAAGUUGUGGCCUGUCUUGACCAAGUGAAAAAGAAUAAAGAAUUUUUAUUGGUUUAA